GCUUUGAUUGCUUAAUUUUUCCUAUAUAAACCACACUUCCAACCCCCACAUACGUAUCCCAAGUUCCCAACCCAAUUCUUCGAUCUCCCUCUCCCUCUCCCUCUUCAUUUUUAAUUUGGUUCCUAUAAUUACCCUAGCUAUCACGUACUAUACCCAUGGAGGCCUUAUCUCUCUCUGUAGUUCUAGUUUUUCUCUCUAUUGUUAUCACCGUCUUCGCCUUCCGACGCCGGUCUCAUUCCGAUGUCAAGCUGCCACCGGGCAGCUUCGGGUGGCCGAUCAUGGGCGAAACCAUGGAGUUCUUGUUUGGCAAGCCCGAGAACUUCGUGGGCGAUAGGAUGAAAAAGUACUCUCACGAAAUCUUCAAGACCAGUAUUCUUGGAGAGAAAACCGCAGUGAUAUGCGGCCCUAGCGGGAACAAGUUUCUCUUCUCCAACGAGCAAAAGCUCUUCACCGUCUUCCGUCCACAUCCGAUGCAAAAGCUUUUCCGAUCGUACAAAACUAACGCACCUGCUCCACCGGUCCAAGCCUCACCAGCUGACGAGGUGAAAUCGAUUAGGACCCCCGGUUUUUUCAAACCGGAGGCCCUAAUGAGGUACUUGGCCAAAAUGGACUCGAUUACACAACAGCAAUUGGAUGUCCAUUGGGAAGGAUUAAGUGAGGUGAAAGUUUUUCCUCUUUCCAAGACAGUGACCUUGACGCUUGCAUGUCGCUUCUUUUUGGGCAUCGACAAUCCAGAGCGUAUCGCGAGGCUUGUUGGUCACUUCGACGAUAUCACUCUGGGGAUGCACUCGAUUAUUUUGAACGUCCCCGGAACGAUCUUUUAUCGGGCAAACAAGGCUGCGGCUGCCAUUCGGAAGGAGCUAGUGAAUGUGAUUAAGGAGAAGAAAGCUGCGAUGGCGAGUGGGGCACCGAUGCAGGACAUAUUGUCGCAUAUGAUUGUGGCCGCAGAUCCAAAUGGGAGUUUCAUGCCAGAGGCAGAGAUUGCUGAUAAAAUGAUGGGUUUGAUAGUAGCUGGGUAUAGUACAGUUUCUACCACCAUAACUUUUUUCAUGAAGUAUGUGGGUGAAAAUCCAGAUGUCUACAACAGAGUCCUGUCAGAGCAAUUGGAGAUCUCAAAGGGCAAAAAGGCAGGAGAAUUGUUAGACUGGGAAGACUUGUCGAAAAUGAAGUACUCAUGGAAUGUGAUGUGCGAAGUGAUGAGACUUGUUCCUCCCCUUCAAGGAACUUUCAGAGAGGCCCUAUGUGAUUUUACCUUUGCUGGUUACACAAUUCCUAAGGGAUGGAAGGUUUACUGGACUGUUAGCUCGACAAACAAGAACCCCAUGUACUUUAAGGACCCAGAAAAAUUCAACCCUUCAAGGUACGAAGACGGAGAAGCACCGCCUCCUCCGUACACAUACGUACCAUUUGGUGGUGGGCCUAGGUUGUGCCCGGGGAAAGAGUAUGCACGAUUAGCAGUACUAACUUUCAUCCACAAUGUGGUGAAGAGGUAUAAGUGGGAACUUCUGUUUCCUGAUGAGAAGGUCAUGGGUGAUAUGAUGCCAACACCAGAAAAAGGCCUCCCAAUUCGUCUGACUCGUUGUUAAGUUUCUUAAUUAAUUACCAUCCACGGGAUAUUAUAAACACAAUAAUAAUAGUAGUACUGUUGAUGGGUUAUAGAAUUAUUCGAUCGAUAUUAAAGAAGAGAGAGUUUUGACGUAGACGACGACAUGGCAAAAUCUGGCCGGCUUGGUGGUCCGGAAUCAUUUACAGUAGUAGUAUUUUGUUUCCAUUAGUUACGCAGACAGACAUAUGUCUCGAUCUUCUUGUAAAAAUUGUACCAGAUGAUCAAAUAAAAUUAUAUGAGUAUCUUUCAUA